CAAUCUCCAAAAAUAACAAGGAGCAUUUGAAUACAAAUCCCUUACGCAUUUUAUUCUCCUUUCUCUCUCAUCCUUCUCUGCCAUGGCUGUUGUUGGAGCAAUGCUUAGGGCUCUCCGACUUCGUAACGCUCAUGUGUCUCUCCGACAAACCUCCACUUCCCGAUUUAUUAGCACACUGGUGUUGGCUGAACAUGAAGGAGGUUCCAUCAAUUCAUCGUCUAUAAGUUCUGUAGAGGCUGCAAAAUGUUUAAAUGAGGAUAAUUCCAUCUCUAUGUUAUUGGCUGGUUCUGGUCCCUCCCUCCAACAAGCUGCGACACAUGCUUCCUUGUGCCAUCCCUUAAUUUCUCAGGUGCUUGUGGCUGAUUCAGAUAAAUUAAUGCAUCCUUUAGCUGAAACCUGGGCAAAUCUGGUUGAGUUAGUUCAUAAAAAAGGUGGUUACACACAUAUUCUUGCUUCUUCUGGGUCGUUUGGAAAGAAUAUAUUGCCCCGUGCAGCUGCGCUUUUAGAUGUUUCUCCAGUAACAGAUGUAAUUGAAAUAUCCGAGUCUUGUCAAUUUGUGAGGCCAAUUUAUGCUGGAAAUGCUCUUUGUAAAGUUAAAUAUACUGGCGAAUCUCCAUGCAUGUUGACCAUCCGGUCUCCUUCAUUUCCCGUCCCAGCAUCCGAAACGAGAUCCAGUGCUGCUCCCAUUACUCAGGUUGACCUCUCAACCUUCGAUGAAGUGGAGAAAUCUAGAUUUGUAAAACGUAGCUCUCAGGAAACCGAGCGCCCUGAUCUUGGAAAUGCACGCAUUGUAGUAACUGGAGGACGAGGUUUAAAAAGUGCUGAGAACUUCAAGAUGAUUGAGAAGCUUGCUGAGAAACUUGAUGCUGCAGUUGGAGCUACGCGUGCUGCUGUUGAUGCAGGAUUCAUUCCCAAUGAGUUACAGGUUGGACAAACAGGAAAAAUUGUUGCACCGGAGCUAUACAUGGCUUUUGGGGUCUCAGGAGCCAUUCAACACGUGGCAGGCAUGAGAGACUCCAAAGUCAUUGUAGCUGUAAAUAAGGACGCAGAUGCCCCCAUAUUCCAGGUGGCUGACUAUGGUGUUGUUGGUGACCUAUUCGAAAUAAUACCGGAAUUGCUGGAGAAACUUCCGGAGAAAAAGUGAAAAUUGUACAAUACUCCAUAGACUAGGCUUCUUUGUAUAUGACCACCAAUAUGACAAGGCCUAUCUCAGAGAAACUGCUGUUAGUCUCAAGCGCUCUAUUUAGUGUUAGGAUCUUCUCCAUUUAUCAUAAUCCUUGAUACACAUUAAUUAAUGUAUGAUUAUUGAAUAUUGAUGGGCUGUUUUCAGAAUGAUUUAAACCCUGAUUAGGCCUAAUAAAAGUUCUUACUAGUUACAGUA